AAUCAGCGCCUCAAGCCCUCAACAAUGGUAGUAUUAGUUUCCCCGAGGUAUGAAUGGUUGCCUGGUUGGCGUGUCAUCAAUCCACAGGUGACCGUAGAUUACUACCAGCAGCAGGAGCUGAGAUUAAACUAGUAGUAAUUCCAUAGGCGCUGCAGGAACAGAGCACACUCGCUAUCGCCAUGCCUCUCUAUCCGCUAUCCCCCCUCCUCUGCUUCUUCCUCCUCCUCUACUCCUCCUCUUUAAUUACCCGAGAGCAGUCAACGGAGUGAGAUGGUGAGAAGGUAACGGGUUCUUGCAGCCAAGGCGGCGACGCGGAGGGGUGAAGAAAUCAACCAGGUGCGGGCUGGAGUGAGAUGCUGGAGCAAUGUCAUCGCCGGCCGAUUCGAAGGGUGGCGGCGGCAUGGGCAUGAACAUGGUGACCACGGUGAUGGCCUUCUCGGUCAGCGCCUUCUUUGUGCUCUUCGUCUUCACCAGGCUGCUCUGCGCGCGCCUCCACCUAGCCCGGGCCGCCGCGGCCGCGGACCAAGCCGGCGACGCCUUCGCCGUUUCGACCUACAACGUGGAGCGGCGGAUCAACGGGCUGGAGCCGUCCGUGGUGACGAGCUUCCCGACGGUCAAGUUCGGCGACGGCCCGGAGUGGCCGCCGGUGGAGGAAUCGCAGUGCACGGUGUGCCUGGAGGAGUACGCGGCGAAGGACGUGGUGCGCAUGCUGCCCGUCUGCGGCCACGCGUUCCACGCGGCGUGCAUCGACGCCUGGCUCAGGCAGCACCCCACCUGUCCCGUCUGCCGCGCCUCCCUUCGCGCCAAGAACCACCGCGCCACGCCGCUCGACUACAGCCUCCUCGCCGCCGCCGACACAGCAGCAAGGCCCCCGGCCUCCCAGGUCCCCGCGUCCUCGUCCGACCUCAGCGCCUCCCCCCAAGCGGCCGCGGAUCACCAUCAGAUAGGCACGGGCAUGGCAGAUAGUCGGCUGGAGAUCGUCUCCGAAGAGCCGGCCUCCUCCGGCGACCACAGCACCGCUGCCGGUGGUGGUAAUCACUAUGGCUGCGGUGAGGCGACGGGCAGCAGCAGCAGCUCGUCGGAGCAUCGCUAGCAAGUGCUGACCAAAGUUCUGCAGGAGUGCAAGGGAAAGAAAGAAAAAAAGAAGAGAAACUGCUGACACACUACUGCCAGGUUGGGCUGUGAUUAGGGACUAGCCUUGGGCGGGAGUUACUUUGGUUUUACCUUGCUUCUGAUUUGAGAGAAUGAUUCACUUGAUCAGCUCAUUGAUUUUACCUUGCUUGUAUAUUCUUUGUUGAAUUCAUCA